AUCCAACCUCAUCCGAGAUUUUUUGGGAGGAGCGACGGGAACAGACCCAUAACUUCUUGUUUUUUUUGGCCACUUCAGCUCAUCAUUAUUGCAUUUUUCAUCGCUAGUGUAUUCUUAUCCUUAUGCAUCCAUGAUCCUUGCUUGCACAACGAUGAAUAAUGAAAGGCGUGCGGUGCUAGUAAAAUAUAGUUUUUUUUACAUUCACAACAAAAAAUACUUUCCUCUAAGACAGCUACCAUAUGCUGCUGAACAUGACGCGUCUGUUACAGUUACUGCUCAGGGGAAAACACCUAGCGUGGUGCACGUGGGUGUGGUGUAAGUCAAUAUACCCUGGGUGUGUGUGUGCAAGGCGUGGAUAACUAACAAGUAAUCCAUGGUGCAAGAUUCUUACAGAUAGGUGUGUGCGGACUGCGGUUGAGAUUGUAAGAAGGAGUUAGCAAUGGGCAGAAAAGCCAAGUAUGGUGAGUUGGCGGGUUCUGGGAGGCGCCCAAAAGUAAAGCCCAAACAUCAGCUCGCCCCUGCACCUCUUAAGCCAGCCUCUCUUCAAAAGAAGGUGAAGGUGAACAAGGAAAUCGUUUCUCCUGUUUCAAAGAAAAAUUUGAAGAGUGGCAUUAAAACACACUCAGCUACCAAGAAGGAGAACAAGAAAGCACAGCCACCACCUGACAGUGAGGAGGACGAGGAUGAUAAUGUUUCCGAGGAGGAGCCCUCUGAGGACGAUGACUCGGGUGACGAUGAUGACCAGCUGCCAGCGCAGCCGUUCACAGAUGACAACGACGAGUGGCUCAAGCCCAAACCGUCACUGCUCAACUCCGAUGACUCUGACGAUUCCGAUGGCGCGCUGGCCGAUGACUUUGGUGGUGACGAGGCUUCGGACGCCGACGCCGACGAAGACAGUGAUGGCGGGGAUGUGGACGGCGAUAGUGAUGAGUAUGGGGACAGUGACGACGAGAGCGGCGAAGACGAGGCCGGCCUGCUGCCAGUUGAGCGUGCCGCCAAACGGCUGAUGAAAGAGGAGAAGAAAGAGCGUCGUUUGGCGCAAAAGGAACUCGACAGCUCCGUCAAGAUCAACGUGGCGGAGGAGGACCGGUUCGUGCUGCCGUCGGCCGAGGAGCAGGAGCGCGAGGCCGGCCUGCCCGCCGACCUGCAGGCGCUCAAGACGCGCAUUCAUGACAUCGUGCACGUGCUGUCCGAUUUUGCAGCGCGGCGCCAGGCGGACCGGCCGCGCCAGGACUACGUGACGCAGCUGCGGCGCGACUUGUGUCUCUACUACAGCUACAAUGAGUUCCUGAUGGAGCGGCUGAUGGACCUGUUCCACCUGUCGGAGCUGCUGGACGCGCUGGAGGCCAACGAGAUCCAACGGCCGGUCACCAUUCGCACCAACACGUUGAAGACGCGCCGGCGCGACUUGGCGCCGAGCCUGAUCGACCGCGGCGUCAACCUGGACCCGAUCGGGCCGUGGUCCAAGGUCGGACUGGUGGUGUACAGCUCCCAGGUGCCGAUCGGCGCCACGCCAGAGUACCUGGCCGGCCACUACAUGUUGCAGGGCGCCUCCAGCAUGAUGCCGGUGCUGGCGCUGGCGCCGCAGCACGGCGAGACGGUGCUGGACAUGUGCGCCGCACCCGGCGGCAAGACCACUUACAUCGCCGCGCUCAUGAAGAACACGGGUAUGGUGUACGCCAAUGACGCCAACGAGGCGCGCGUCAAGGCCGUGGUGGGCAAUCUGCACCGGAUGGGCGUCACUAAUGCCGUCAUAUCGUGCACGGACGGCCGCGAGAUGCCCAAAAUCCGGCCGGCCGGCUUCGACCGCGUCCUGCUGGACGCACCUUGUUCGGGCACGGGCGUUAUCGCAAAGGACCCGGCCGUGAAGACCUCCAAGGACGAGAAGGACAUCCAGCGGUGUGCGCAGCUGCAGCGCCAGCUGCUCCUCGCCGCCAUCGACUCGGUAAACGCCAAAAGCAAGACGGGAGGGUACGUCACCUACUCCACGUGCUCGAUCCUCGUGGAGGAAAACGAGGCGGUCAUCGAGUACGCGCUCAACAAGCGCAACGUCAAACUUGUCCCCACCAGCCUCACCGUCGGCAAGGAGGGGUUCGCCAAGUUCAAGGCCAAGCGGUUCCACCCAAGCAUGACGCAUACGCGCCGAUUCUACCCGCACACGCACAACAUGGACGGCUUCUUUGUGGCCAAGCUGAAGAAGUUCUCGAACACGAUCCCGGGCACCGAGCCGGCGGCCGAGGAGCAGCCCUCCGGGCCGGCGCCGGCCCCGCCCCAGAAGAGGAAGGCGGACGUAGACGCCAACGACGACGAGGGAUUCGACGAGGAUGACAAAGCAGCGGCGCCCUCGCCGCAGAAGAAGAAGAGGAAGGCUCCGCAGGGACAGCAAAAGUCGCCGCGCAGUAAACAUGUCGGUGGUAAGCCGGGAGCCAAAGGCAAAAAGUGGCAAAAGUCGGUAAACCCCAAGGCGCGCAAUCCGAAAAAGAAAGGGCUCAACAAAAAGCCGUAAGAGUCAUGUGGAACCUUGUGUAAUGUGCUGUUUUGGGAGGGGAAUACAUUGACAAUAUACUGUGGUGUCACAAAUA